AUAAAGAGGAGGGGGGCUCCAAAUUGGGUCGGUGGGGGGAGGCUGGAAAAUGUCUGCCUUUUCUUUAAUGGAAGCCCCCCCGGGGCUUGAGCUUAGCUGUAGCCUUUUAAUGCUGAGGGGAAGUUAGAAAGAGAAGCAGGCGUUUAUAAAGGGGAGGGGGCUGGGGAAAAAACGCCCCAGAUCGGGGGAGGUUGCACUUGGAUUGGCUUUGGAGUGAGGGGGAGCUCAGGGAGGAGGCCUCAGUACUUUGGGCUUUGUAAUUUUCUAGAGAGGUCGGUAGGGACCUCUUAGGGACUAGUAUCUUGAAAAUAAAAAUUGGGGAGUGGAGCAAAAGCCUUCAGGCCUACUGAGUAAUCUUGAAAGCCAGGGAUGGGGAAGACGGGUAGUGGGAUAGCUGCAGGUUUUGCUGUGAAAACAGGCUUGGUAGGAAGGCAGAAUACUCUUAGGGACUAGAAACUUGGUGGGAGGAAGGAGAAAGGAAGGAAGGGGAGGGAGGGAGAAAGAGACAUAGGAGCAUGGAUGGAGCAGACUUGAAAGUAGUAGGGAAAUUCAGAGGGCUGGAUCCACGUUUAGGUCCAAACUGGGUUUAGAUUCAGGCACUGGUCUCUCAUCACGGCUUAUUGGGAAGCCUGGGCCCCGUUUUAGUUUCUGGAGCUUUGCAGAGGCUGAGCCCCAGGCGGAAAAGGGCCGCUAAGCUUGCUUGGCCUUAAGGGCUGGCGGCUUUACUCCCCGGUGGAGGCCAGUCAGGAAACCCGGCUUGGAUGCUGCCAACAGCCCGACAUGCUGGGAGCCAUCAUGGCUUGCUUUGAUGGGCAGGAAAACCCUGAUCGCCCCAGACAGUGAAUCCAAGGAGCAUAUUUGCUGGUGGGGCAGGUUUGUUAGACAGGCCUGGCUCAAGAUAGAUCAGUAGCCUAUUUAUUUAUUCAUUCCUUGGGUUUCUUAUUGGAAGGCGCCCCGGGGCCACAGAGACAGGCAGGAUGCCGCUGAACCCCAAAAUCGAUCCCCGCUACUUCGUGCUGAUCCGGCCCUUGCCCAUCCCUCCCCAGAAAGGUCUGAAGAUCCAGGCUCGGAGCAAAACCGUCUACAAUUGCUGGGAAGUCCCAAGAGAGCAAGUAUUUCGAGAGAACUAUAAUCGGAGGGCCAAACAGCUCUCGCAACAGGGGUAUUUUACCCCCUGCUGGAAACCCUACCAGGAUUUCGGAGACCCCCUUUACCUCGACCCCAGGAAACUCACCCUCUACGGUCUGGGACAGCUACCUCCUGAACUCUACAAAGAGGAGGUCACUCUGGAAGAAUUAGCUGAACCGGUGGAAACAGAGCCUUCCAAGAAGCUGAAACCAAAGCUCCAGGAACAGGAGAAGAAACUUCUGCCUUUUAGACAUCUAGAGAAGGACUUGAGGACCCUCCACAGAGACCUUGUGCACAUGAGGCAUUUGAUCCACUCCGUGAAGAUUGGGCGUGGAUAUUUCCAUAGUCUUCGCCGAGAAACCAUUGAGAGGAGGAAUGCAUUCAAGCUGGAAGAGCGGAGGGAAGAAGAAAGGAUGAGAACAGAGUUUCAGCCCCCUCGCUACCCAUCCUCAUCCUCUGAAGAAGACUCAGAAGAUGAACCCGACUUCUUUUUAACGGGAGGCUCCUUUCUGAGCGAGACGGAGAAGAAGAAGAAGAAGAAAAUGGCUCGACCUUUCACCCCCAUCCAUAACGGCUUGCUGUCAGAAAAGCAUCCAGACGCCCAUUUCGACUCCAUAUUCCGGCAGCUCUGCGCCCUCAACUGGCUCUUGGAAGCUUUGACGCUGGAACCCAAUAGCAGCAUGAGGCCGCUGAUCGCCUGCUGGAACCCCAAGGACUACGGUGGUGGAAAAAGCUGCAUGAAAACUGUCAAUAAAGAGAAGGCAGUGAAGAGUCGAUGGGAGCAUUUUAUUCUGCAUGCAAAGGGAAGAAGAUAUGCACAGAGGCAGAGCCGUGGUCUAUCCAGCAAAAAGGCACCUAAAAUGACAGGGAGCAUGUCCAAGAUCAGUGGGUUGUCCUCCCCGCAUAGCAAAACCACUUUGGCCAGCACCAGCUCCUUGACACCUGGCUCUGAUGAAGCAGCCCAACCUACCUCUGACAGCGCCAAGGAGGUUGAAGAGAUGGAGUCCAGCUACAGCAAGCAGACCAAGGAGGAGGAAGAACCCCUUAGCUAUUACCUGCAGACAUUAUUUCAGAUGAUACAUGAAGACGUGGCUAAGAAUUUUAGCCAGGAAAAUAUGUUUUGGAGUACAAAACCACAUUACGCGCACGCCGGGUUGAGGUCUGGUCCAGGCAGCGAAAUAUCAUUUGGACAAAGGGGCAAAAGCUCACAGUCAUCUUCGAAGGAUGAUAAAACCAGCACAGGAAUACCCAAAGAAGGGUCAGGGAGCGCAGUGGAGCCAAAGCGAAAGAGUUCAAUGGCAGUGACCCUGAGAGAAGAUAAAACCACCACCACAACUUUUAUGGAGGAUGACAGCUCAACACAGCUUUCCAGGCCUCAAAGCUCUUUCAUUAGAAGGAAACAACAGCUGUGCGAUGAGAUGAGAGAAUUAUUUUUUGAUGUGUCCCAAGAAAGCGCUUUCAGGUUGCACGAUCAGCUCGACAUCCUGGAGAAGAGGCGAGAGGAGAAGAACAUUCAGAAAUUUCUGUGCCUGAACUCUCUUACACGGUUCCGGAAAGACCUUGAGAGAAUGAGACAGUCCGUGGUGGGCAAAGAACCCGAACAAGACGCAGAGGAAGAAAACUGGUUUUCCACUUUGCUGGUCAGGAUUCCUGAUGACGUCAGGAAAGACCGCCGUACCCAGAAAGUCCUCAAGAAGCUGGAAAGGUUUGCCAGGAAUCCAGACUUACGCAUCCGGCCUCCCACCUUCUUAAAGGUGUUGGGAGAACUUCGGAUCUGGGAAAUUUGCUCUCCGGAUAUCUGCGCAGCUGUGGAGUUCCUGCGCGAAUACAUUGUGGAGAUGCCUGAAGAUGACUACAAGCAAUGGCUGCAGUCUCGGGUGCCAUUCCCAAAACGAGCACACAGUGCCCCUCCCCUGUGCUAAGUCACCGUGAGGCUCCCGUCCAAAGGUCUCAAUGGGGGAUCCACUUUGUGAAAGAAGUGGUCAGUGAGGUUCACCAAGAGAUCCUAUCCUCAUAUCCCGGUGAAUGCCAAAGGACCCAGCUGGAAGGCCCGAAAAUGCUCAUUCUCAGAAGUUUGUUUAGAACCACAGUGCAGCCAUUUUGGUUGCAGGUUCAAAAGCAACAAGAGAAUUGAACAGCCAAAGCCAUUUUAACUUUACAAUAUUAUUUUUGCUUUUUCAACGUUUGGUUUUAUGUUGCAUUGAAUUUAGUGUUUAUCUAAGGGGAGAGGGGAAUGUUACGUAGAUAACUGGCCCUGUUCAGGUCUGUGGAGACAGCAGAUCCCUUCCCUUGUGGUGAUCAGCACCCCCCACUGAACAAGUCGGCUUUAGGAUUCAUCGGUUCCAAUUUUUGCUUGUUAUGUUUGUUUGUGGUUCUGUAUUUAAUUCUGAUGGAUUAAAAUCCCUAUU